AUGAACUCUAACAAGACAGGAAAAAGUGAACUUGAUAGUUCAAAAUCAAUACCAUGUUCGGGCCUUCGUGGAGUAUUUACAGGGCUCUCAAAACCUACAACCAAAGAAAUUGUUGAAUCCAAGGUGCAAGCACAGGGAAGUGGUAACAGUUUGGAUGGUAGGUUUAGCUGGCCGAUACAGAUGGUCCAACCAGAAAUGGAAGCAUUAAAACAUGGAAGUAGUUAUGAGAAGGCACUUUCAUGUGCUAAUCAAUUGCUUAUCAGACAUUAUCUUACCCCUAUUGUACAAAUAGUCAGCAGGUCAAGCCCUCGGCAGAAUCAAGGACUGAAGAUACAGAUCCAAUAUACAUCUUAUAAUCUGUGA